ACUUCCCUUUGCUAUCUUAGCAUAAACAGCUACAAAGCAAGUGGAUUUGUAAAUCGUACAGUGCUGCGAAGCCCAAUUUUUUUAUAGCAUUUUUUUUUUAUUAGCAACGUUUACAUUCAACACAAACAUGUCGCACACAAUCCUGUUGGUUCAGCCCACCAAGAGACCCGAAGGCCGGACAUAUGCUGACUACGAGUCGGUGAAUGAAUGCAUGGAAGGUGUGUGCAAAAUGUAUGAAGAGCAUCUCAAAAGGAUGAAUCCAAACAGUCCAUCCAUCACAUACGAUAUUAGUCAGUUGUUUGACUUCGUUGACGACUUGGCAGACCUGAGCUGUCUUGUUUACAGAGCGGACACCCAAACAUACCAGCCGUACAACAAAGACUGGAUCAAGGAGAAGAUUUACGUCCUGCUGAGACGUCAAGCUCACCAAGCAGGGAAAUAAACAGAUGAUUUGCAGGUUGUCCUUCUCAAUGCAUCUCGAAGGAAUGUAUGGGAGCACAGCUACAUUUCAAAAACUUCUCAAGAGUUCUGUGCGAUAGAGGACGAUGUUCUAUGAUGAUGUUGGGUCAGGGUCACCUAGCUGUGGCCUUGUAGUUUCGAACUGGGUUACACUUUUUUUUACUUGCUAUUCUCAGUAACGUGAACAAGCCUAUUCACGUUUGGUUUGUAUUUGAUUGCAGUAUAUUUAAAAUGUGUGGGACUUGACCUCCCCAAAAUUUACAAGAGUUGUUAUGUUAUUCUGACCACAGUGGUUCUGUCUUUUUUUUUCGGGUAAACUCUUUGUUUUUACAUUCUAUCUGAUUCCAAGGAAACGGCAUUGUGGGGCCAUUUUCUUUUGAUUCAAAUGUAAUCAUUUUGGUAUUGGGAGUGUUCUUUAAUAAACAACUUUAAAGUUAUUACA